CGGAUUUAACCCAAUCUCAAAAUUGCCCUUGCGCGAGGAGCACCAGAAAGAACCCCAGCAGAGAGGGAGAGAUGGUGGCGAGGCUGCGAUGUGCGAUGGUGUGCUCGUCGAACCAGAAUCGGAGCAUGGAAGCCCACGCGCUGCUGAAGCGGCACGGCUUCGAUGUGUCUUCCUACGGAACGGGCGCGCACGUCAAGCUUCCCGGCCCAUCUCUGCGGGAGCCCAACGUCUACGACUUUGGCACCCCCUACAAGUACAUGCACGAAGACCUUCGCCGCAAAGACGUCGAUUUGUACAAGCGCAAUGGGAUACUGCCGAUGCUUAAGAGAAACCUUGGCGUCAAGAACGCGCCACAAAGGUGGCAGGACAACGCCGCUGAUGGCUUCUUCGAUGUCGUCAUGACCUUUGAGGAGAAGGUGUUUGAUAUCGUCAUCGAAGAUCUUAAUAAUCGGGAGCAAAGGUUGACAAGAAGUAUACUAGUAAUUAACUUGGAAGUAAAGGAUAACCACGAAGAAGCUGCUGCCGGUGCCAAGCUCGCUCUGGAUUUAUGCCAAGAGAUUGACGCGGCAGGUUGCUGGGAGGAUGAGAUUGACGACAUUGUUUCUAAAUUCGAGAGACAACACAAGCAAAAAGUUCUUUAUACUAUCGCAUUUUAUUAGAGUUGGUGUGUAUCAGGAAGAUGAACCAGUGCAUUUGAGGGAUUUUACCCUUUGAUACACUCUAUGGGACCCUUCGAGGGUUCAUUGUUAUUACAAAAUUGUUUGAAUGAAUAAUAUAUAAUUUAAAAUUUAAGAAGCUAAAUUAUUUUGAAUUCUAAA